UGUCAGGGCAAGGCAGACUUGACAGUAUGGCGGCGGGGUACAGCUGGAAGGAUGCUACUGUUGCCCGUGAUGUGUCUAUCGCCGGUAGGACGUAAAUGGACAGUUGACGGCAAAAAGAGAAGAGGAUUUAGCGAGAAAGGCUUGUCGCCGUGAGCUCCAAAGAUGGCCAGGCUCGCCGACUACUACGUAGUGGUCGGCUACGACCUCGACAAGCGAGUGGAGGGUGAAGGUCAAGGUCGCAUUCUCCAGCGAUUUCCUGAGAAAGACUGGGAGGACAGCCCGUUCCCACAAGGCAUAGAGCUGUUCUGUCAGCCUAGCGGUUGGCAGCUGGUUCCCGAGCAGCAACCUGCGUCCUUCUUUGUAGCUGUUUUGACUGACAUCAACUCGGAGCGUCACUACUGUGCCUGCUUCACUUUCUGGGAGGGCCUGGACAACCCACAGCUGCAGAAGACUGAGGCCAGUGAGGCGGAUGAGGUGGAUGAGGAGCUCGCCGUCGUCCAACCAGCUCAGGUCUUUGCCCCCAAGAGCCUGGUGUUGGUGUCCCGACUGGACUAUACCGAAGUGUUUAGGAACUGUCUAGGUCUGAUCUACACCGUCCAUGUAGAUGGCCUGUCUGUCCCCUUGGAAACGGUGAUUGGAAAUCUUCUCACUUGUGUCAUCCCCAUUGCUGGAGGCUCCCAGAUAGAUGAGUCCCCAGUUUGUAGUUUAGACAAGGUUCCUCAGGCCCUGGCCUGUGACUGGCUGCUGGCCUGUCUCCAGCCGGGCCAGGAGGAGAGAGAGGAGAGUUUGAGGACUAUAACGUUAGGUGCUGGCGACCGGCAAGUUAUCCAGACCCCCAUCGAUGACUCUCUUCCUGUCAGUGGCAGCAGCGUGGCCCAGCUCUUCAGGCAGCUUGGUAUAGUCAACGUGUUGUAUCUGUUCUGUGCUGCCCUGACAGAACAUAAGAUCCUGUUCCUUUCCAGCAGCUACCAGAGACUAACAGACGCCUGCCGGGGAUUGCUGGCCAUUAUGUUCCCCCUUAAAUACAGCUUCACCUAUGUUCCCAUCUUGCCUGGGAAGCUACUAGAGGUCCUGAGCACCCCAACCCCCUUCAUCAUCGGUGUCAAUUCAUUCUUUCGCUCGGAGACACAAGAACUGUUGGAUGUGAUCAUCGCUGACCUGGACGGUGGCACAGUGACCAUCCCCGAGUGUGUCCACAUCUCCCUGCUGCCUGAACCACUCCUCCAGCAAACCCAGACUGUGCUCUCCAUGGUUUUGGAUCCAGAGCUAGAAGUGGCUGAUCAUGCCUUUCCCCCACUCUCCACACAACCCUCUGCACUCAAGAUCCAGGAUAAGGAGAUCCGGGGAGUUUUCCUGUGGCUGUUUGCUCGGCUCUUUCAGGGCUAUCGCUGGUGUUUACACAUCAUCCGCAUUCAUCCCGAACCAGUGAUUCGCUUCCAUAAGGCUGCCUUCCUGGGCCAGAGGUCGCUGACAGAGGACGACUUCCUCAUGAAGGUCUUGGAUGGCAUGGCGUUUGCAGGCUUCGUGUCAGAGAGAGGGCCUCCUUACAGAGCCACUGAUCUGUUUGAUGAUCUGGUAGCCAAUCAGGUGGAGCGCAUCCGACAAGAGGAGUCCUGUCCGCACAAAGUCAUGAACCAUGUGAAGGAACUGGCUGAGCAGCUUUUCAAAAAUGAGAAUCCUUACCCCGCUGUGGCGAUGCACAAAGUCCAGCGACCGUCAGAAAACAGCCAAAACACUGCACAGAAUCAGACACCGUUCCCUUCGUUGGACGAGGUAGCGGUGCAGCUCUUCAUCGACCAUGCUGCCGCCAAGCUCAAGACUGCACCUCCUGUGGUCAAGGCAGAGCUCAAGGGCAUGGUGCCAUCUGGGCCCCCACUGGGAGAUGUCGUGGACAGGAAUGGCCACGUGAUGGCCAACAGCGCACGCAGGCUGGAGGUGGUCAGGAACUGCAUCACGUACAUCUUUGAGAACAAGAUGCUGGAGGCCAAGAAGUUAAUGCCAGCUGUACUGCGAGCAUUAAAGGGUCGGGCCGCCCGGGUUUGUUUGACCCAGGAGCUCAAUCAGCAUGUUCUACAGAAUCGAGCUGUACUGGAUGACCAGCAGUUUGACUACAUUGUCCGAAUGAUGAACUGCACCUUACAAGACUGCUCACAUAUAGAUGAACACGGUAUUGCAGCUGCCCUCCUUCCACUUGUCACAGCCUUCUGCAGAAAAAUGGGCGCAGGCAUCACUCAGUUUGCCUACAGCUGCGUACAGGAGCACAUGGUGUGGACCACCAUGCAGUUCUGGGAAGCCAUGUUCUACAGCGAUGUACAGAACCACAUCAGAGCCCUUUACCUGGAGACAGACGAUGUAGAGCAGCAAAACAACUCUGAGCAGCAGGACGGGUCGGGCAGUGGGAGGGAAAUCAGCGCCCUGGAGCUGGCGUCGGAGCAAAGCCGGCUGUGGCCGACGCUCAGCAAGGAAAUGCAGACGGAGCGCGUGCAGAAGGAGGAGAGCACGGUGUUCAGCCAAGCCAUCCACUACGCCAACAGGAUGAGCUACCUGCUGCUGCCACUGGACACCAGCAAGAACCGGCUGCUGAGGAGCUCCGGUCUCGGAGAUGUAGAGAGCGUCAGCAACAGCUACGUCACAAACAGUAUUGCAGGCAGCAUGGCGGAGAGCUACGACACAGAGAGUGGCUUCGAAGACGCUGAGAGCUCUGACGUGGCUAACUCAGUGGUGCGCUUCAUUAAUCGCUUCGUAGACAAAGUGUGCAAUGAGAGCGGCGUAACCAACGAGCACCUGAAGGCUCUCCAUACCAUGAUACCAGAUAUUGUUCAGAUGCACAUCGAGACGUUGGAUGCAGUCCAUAGGGAGAGUAAGAGACUGCCUCCCAUCCAAAAGCCCAAGCUGCUGAGACCAACGCUGUUGGCUGGUGAGGAGCUGGUGAUGGACGGCAUGCGGGUCCACCUGAUCCCUGAUGGCCGCGAGGAGGCCACGGGGCUGAUGGGAGGUCCGCCUCUGCUCCCUGCUGAGGGUGCCAUCUUCCUCACCACCUACCGGCUCAUCUUCAAGGGCACGCCCACUGACCCGCUGGUGGGUGAGCAGGUGGUGACUCGUUCAUUCCCCAUCGCCUCUCUUACAAAGGAGAAGAGGAUCUCAGUCACUUUACCCAUGGACCAGUUUGUCCAGGAGGGGCUACAGCUACGGUCCUGCACCUUCCAGUUGAUGAAAAUUGCGUUCGACGAGGAGGUGGCAUCAGACCUGGCCGAGGUUUUCAGGAAGCACAUGCACAAGCUGCGCUAUCCUCAGCACGUCCAGGGCACCUUCGCCUUCACUGUGGGUCAGUGCGGGAAGAUGGUGGUGGAGCACAAGACCAAGGAUAAGAACCAGUCGCUAAAGACACUUUCCAAAAACCUGGUGAAGAGUGCCAAAAGGACCAUCGGCCGGCAGUAUGUGACCAGGAAGAAAUAUUCUCCCCCCACCUGGGAGAACAGGAGCAGCUUCCAGUCAGAGCUCGAUGAGGAUGAAAUCUCAGUUUCAGAGGAGGUAGACCAGAGUUCCCUCACCCUCUCCUCCACCAUCCGCUCAUCUGACAGACAGACCAUGAGCAACGUUGUGGAGCGUGCCUGUUGCCGUGACUACCAGCGUCUGGGUCUGGGCACGCUCAGUAACAGCCUAACACGUUCUAAGAAUGAGCCUUUCAGGAUUUCAACCGUCAACCGCAUGUACACUGUCUGCAGGAGCUAUCCCGGCCUGCUGAUUGUGCCUCAGAGCAUCCCAGACUCGACUAUCUCGAGAAUCUGUCGCUGCUACCGGCAGAAUCGCUUCCCUGUGGUUUGCUGGAGGAAUUCUCGAACCAAGGCCGUCCUGCUGCGAUCUGCAGGCCUCCAUGCGAAGGGGGUGGUGGGCUUCUUCAAGUCCCCCAAUGCCCCUGCUUCAGUGCCCUCCCAGGCAGACUCCACCAGUCUGGAGCAGGAGAAAUACCUGCAGGCCAUCAUCAGCUCCAUGCCUUCAUACAGCGAGAACAGCGGCAGGAACACACUCAGUGGCUUCACCUCCACACACAUGAGCACCUCUGACUCCUCAGACAAGCUGAGGCAGCCCAAGAUCGGCGCUCUGAUGAAGCAGGUGAUGGGCACCAAGGAGGAUGUACCUGGGACCUUCAGCAGAGGAGCUCUGGGUCAAAGGGCGAAAGUCAUCUCCCUCUCUCAGCCCAAAGUGUCUGGCAAGGCCAGGAACCCUCCUAGAGGUAAAUGGGGCAGUAUCCGAGGCAGCGGGCGUCUAAGUGCCUACAACCCAGACGUGGGGACGCGACUGGCAGGGAAAGAGUCUCCACAGCCCAACGGAGGGCCGAGCGAGGCACUGUUUCUCCGCCAGCAGAAGGCCUACCUCUACAUCAUUGGAGACAAGGCCCAGCUCAAGGGAGGGAAGCAGGACUCGUUCCAGCAGUGGGAGGUGGUUCCCAUCGAGGUGUGUGACGUGAGACAGGUGAAGAACAGCUUCAAGAAGCUGAUGAAGGCCUGCGUGCCGAGCUCCCCGCCCUCUGACCCCAACAUGAGCUUCCUGCGCUGCCUUGAGGACUCUGAGUGGAUGUCUCUGCUCCACAGGGUGCUGCAGGUGUCUGUGCUAGUGGUGGAGCUUCUGGAUACAGGCUCAUCGGUCAUGGUCAGCCUGGAGGACGGCUGGGACGUCACCACGCAGGUGGUGUCCCUGGUGCAGCUGCUGUCUGAUCCGUACUACCGAACCUUCGACGGCUUCCGGCUGCUGGUGGAGAAGGAGUGGCUGUCGUUCGGACACAGGUUCAGCCACCGUGGAGCACAGACGCUGGGAAGCCAGAGCAGCGGCUUCACCCCCGUCUUCCUGCAAUUCCUCGACUGCGUACACCAGAUCCACCUCCAGUUCCCCAUGGAGUUUGAGUUCAGUCAGUACUACCUGAAGUUCUUGGCCUACCACUACGUGUCCAACCGCUUCCGCACCUUCCUCCUCGACUCUGACUAUGAACGCAUCGAGCUGGGAGUGCUGUAUGAGGAGAAAGGAGAGAGGAGAAGUCCUCAGGUGUGUAAGUCUGUGUGGGACUACAUCGACAGACUGAACAAGAAAACACCCAUCUUCUACAAUUACAUGUUCUCUCCUGAAGACGACGAGGUGCUGCGGCCGUACACCUUCAACUCCAACCUGAAGGUGUGGGACUUCUACAUGGAGGAGACUCUGUCAGAGGGGCCCUCGUACGACUGGGAGCUGAGGGGCCGGCAGGAGCGCGUGGCAGAGGAGACGCCAGAGAAACCCGACAGCAGCGGCCCUAAAUCACAGCGACGCAUCGUGUGGCCGUGCUACGACAGCCUGAGCAAGGUGGUGCCCGACGCCAUCACCAAGCUGCUGCAGGACCUGCAGAGCCUGGAGGCAGAGCUCGGACAGACGUCAGAGAAGUGGAAGGACACGUGGGAUAAAAUCAAGACCACACAGAGAACGGAGGCCAAACUGGAGAGCAAGCCAUCGUUCUCCAGCUCCUUGCUGAUGUCGUCCAACCUGAGCCACCAGCGGCGCUCUCAGGGCGUAUACCUGCAGGAGAGCGGCGUAGGAUCUUCCAUCAACCUGGCUCUGGACUGUGAGGCCAGCGCCACCUCCACGCCCGUUGCUGGUCGGCAGAGCACCAGCACACUCUACAGCCAGUUCCAGAGCACGGAGAGUGAGAACAGGAGUUUUGAAGGCAUCCUGUUUAAGAAAGGGGCGCUGUUGAAACCAUGGAAACCACGGUGGUUUGUGCUCGACAAGACCAAACAUCAGCUGAGAUACUACGAGAGCCGGCAGGACAAGGAGUGUAAAGGAGUGAUCGAGCUGGCGGAUGUGGAGUCUGUCAUUCCAGGAACGCCUGCUAUGGGAGCACCGAAAAACAUAGAGGAGAAAGCCUUCUUUGAUCUCAAGACGACCAAACGAGUGUACAACUUCUGUGCCCAGGACAGCCACAACGCACAGCUGUGGAUGGACAGUGUUCAGAGCUGCCUGUCAGACGCCUAGAGAGAAGGCAGGACUCUUAAAGGAGCAAUGCAAGCAGGAAUGAAUGAGCAGUGCUGCGGCACCUGACAGACAUCUCUGCCGGCCAAUCCCAGCGGAAACAGGGAGGGGAAGGGGCCUUUCACCACUUAAGCUCUGUUCUGUUCGCUAGUGUUGAACUAAUAACCUCGCGUCACAACGUUUCAGUGUUUUUGUUAUAAAAGUCAGAAAAAGAAAAAAAAAAAAUGUCCCUGAAGAACCACUCGCUGCGUCUCACCUGCAGCCUCUCACCUCCCCGACAGUCUGACCACUAUGUGCGCUGGAUGUCUGUAUGCACAAAAACAAUGCAUAUUAAAGCACGUCGUUGCAUUUCUGUGAGGCGUCCUGCAGCUUGGACCAGCAUGAAGAUUUUUCCAGACCCUCCACCUGUAAAACCACAACCCUGCUCUCCCUCCUACUAACCCUGCUCGCCCUUUAAGACACUCUGGGGAGGAAUGACGGAGGAGCUGCAGUCGCCCGGCGGCCCAGCCACGUACAGGACCCGUUAGACUGCUACAAAAAAGGAUCUAAAAGAUCAACCGGUGGGUUGACGGACCAAAACAACCCUGAGGAACACAUGCUGACAGCAAACGCUCUUUAUUCCAGUCCUCAAAGGUCUCUGCUCUCUUUGCCUCUCACUGCCUGAUGUAGCCCAUUCACAGUAUAUUUACAAGAAGUUUGAGAGGAGUGUGACGCUGCAGCUCAACGGUUCAUGAAGGAUUUCCUUUUCCUUUUUUUUUCUUUUCCAAAAUCUCAAAUCUGUACCAGAAAGAGAUCAAUGCUCAUCAGCUGUCCUCAGCAGGCGAUGGUGAUGACGAUAUACUGUGAAAGCCAUGAAUCAGUCGCAGAGAUCAAACCAGGAGAGCCGGUCGGAGUCUGUCAGGUAUUGAGUGUGUCGGUGAACUUUCACUGAGAGUGUUUACAAAGUAGACAAAACUUCCCUCACUAAGCUAAACUCUGCUCUUCACCUGUGUGUUUUUAAUCAGUACAACCACUAUUAACAUUCAGAUUUUUAAGGGAUGCUGAAGGAAAAAGGAGGGACUUAUUUUGUAGUGAUUAUCUUAAAAACAACAACAAAAAAACAAUCUAUAGAAGGAGAUCUGGAAGGUAGGAGAUUAAAAGGAGGGUUACUAAUGAACAGAGUGAUAUUAUGGGAUGCUUCAGAGAGAUUAUGGUUUUUAGAGGAAGACAUUGACUCGCCACAGUGCUCCAAGUGUCAGAAACUGGAUGUUUGUGAAAGGAAAAUUCUGGUAUUUUUCAACUUUCUUAUUCUCAUGAUUGUGUCCAUUAUGGGAUGUGCUAAAUUUGCAUUUUCUGACUCCACAAUAUAUUGGGCCAAGCAAUGUCAGCCACCAAAAGCUUUCCACAUUAAUUUGAAUACAGAAAUAAUUUCAAACGCUUUUCUGCAACUCCCACUGAAAGUGAACACACUUAUUAGCCCCCUAGAUUAGCUACUGUGCUUAACUGCAUGCUAAUUUUAUAGCAAGGACAACCUGCUGGCUUACCCAAGUAGCUGUAUGGUCAGCCACCUAGCAUACUACCAAUUCAUCAACAAACAUUUAUUGCUUAUUAUUUCAUAUAUAGCAAGAUUCUGCUACAGACCGAGGUAAAUAAAUGCUACGAAAAUGUCCAAACUGCUAAUCCAGGGGGCUGUGUUCUGUGUUAACUUCUGCCUGGGCUCUUAAAUGUGUGAAAUUAUUUAUGUAAAAGUCAAGUUCAUUAGGAAAACGUCAGGAGGCUCACACCGCUUAGCAUGAUAAAUAAAUCAUUAGAUAUUUAGCUCAUGCAUGAGCUAAGAAAAACACGUUUUCAGCUUUGCAAUAAUGCAUUUUAAGUGCAUAUGAUGUAUUUUUAAAUGUUUGAUUUAACUAAAUAUGUAGGAGAAAUUCCUCAACCCAUAAAGGAAUCUAUCUUUCAGGGGUUUUUUUAACAUUUCAAAAUAACAAAAUUUUCAUUGAAUUUUUGUUUUUGCUGUUUCUGACAUGUUUUAAAAACUGAUGUGGUGAGUGCAAAUUUAUCAUGACUCAGUCACAAUGGCCACAAUUAUAAAAUAAGCCUGAGGUUAAAAAGUAGUGGAAUUUUCCUAAGGAUGCUGGGACAUGGAAAGUCACCCAAAGGUGUGAGAGCUGGUUCCAUCACAUUCGCGUGUACUCGGCUGCUGAGACUCACUGUUCCUGUUUCAGAUGCAUCAUCAGUCUAGCUGUGUGGACACCACCGUUACCUUCAGUGCUGAAGCUUGUACAUAGACGAGUCUACAUCUGUUAGAGUGCUAGAGAAACAGUAUGUUUAGCUGGAAGGUUUCAAACAUCAAGUUACUUUUUUUUUUUUUUUUUUUAAAUGUCAGUGUUUUGUCAGACUCCCGCCCCCCACCUGUCUGUCCUCCAAACACACACCAACCACUCUGACCCACACGUUAACACAAACCCUGCUCUGUAAAAUACGGUUCUACUGCUGUCUUUGUUGAACUUAAAAUUUGAAUUGUAGAUUUUUUUUGUGUCUAAUAACUCCUUUGUAUAUACUACUCAGAUUUGUAUGUAACGUUUAUGGUAGUAAUUUAUUUAACUUGUCUCCUCAGUAAGAAAGUUCCUCAAGCACCACUUUAUUUUUAAAUUAGGAAUUCAAUGUGCCAUUUGUUUAUUUUCUGUAUUAAUGUGACUAAUGCUUUUUUUUUUUUUUUUUUUUUUUUUUGGAAAAAUGUACAAGUAAACCCUCAAUGUCUUUUUUUUCUCUUUUGUAUACACGGUUGUCCUUACGCAGUACCAACCACUAAUGCAAGAGUGGAAAUGGUGUGUUAGUGGAAGCCUCUGGGCUGUUUUUUUUUAAAGGCUGGUUGGAUUUGACUGUGUUGCUCAGCCACAGUGAUGGGAUGUUCUGGAUGUAGCUUACAGUCACAAUAAAAGUCAGACACAUGAAGUUCCCCUGGUGCUGGGUUCUGCUGCCAGCUUAAUGGACUCAUUUUGUGCCCAUUAAAUAGUCGGUGACGAGAUGCGGCAUUAUAACAAGUCAGGCUGCCUAAAUGUGCCGUUUAUCAGUCCAAAGAAUCAACUGAACAAUAUUGGCAUGUUCAUAUAAAAUUAUUUACUAAAGAUGCCAAACACACUAGUUUAGGGAACGUGGUGUGUUCACAAACAUUAGGUUUCAGUGUCCUCUGGUUGAAAGUUUCAACCAACCUGUAACCAAGUUUGCAUUUGAGAAGAUGGAACGCGCUCAAAUUGUGGGGGGAUUUUUGCUUGAAGGUUGUAUAUGCGACAUUCAGAGCAUUAAUAUAUCAGCAAACAACCAUGUCCUAUGUAAAGACAUAGUGAAGUAAUGACAUCUUGAGAAGAGAAUGAAGUCCUGCUCCGUGUAGGAGUUUUGUAAUCAGCACGUGUGUAUCCCACUGGCUAGCUAAUCACCGUUGCUGCACUAUGCUCAAAUGGGCAGUUACAGGCGGCUGCUGCUGAUAAUGAUGGCGUCAUUGCGAAAGUAUAGCGCACACCCUCUAGUUUCCCACCUAGGUCAACGCCGUUAGCUCUGUCAGCACUGUUACCGUUAGUAGCACUGUUCAUGCUGUUAGCACCGUUAGCUGCAGGCUGCUGGCUCAUCACCCUGCAUGAUGAGAGCUGUGUGCAGACAAUCCCGGCUCAGACUCUCGUAGAUCAGUCUCGCAUAGCCAGACUUAACACAUGCAGUGGAGCGCUGGAGAAAGUCUGGCUGAACCCAUCAUGAUCCCAAACUGAGGGGAAAAAAACGCUCUGGGUUGUUUUUAUUUCUUUAAACCAAUCACAAUCAUUGUGGGUGGAACUAAGCCCAGGACGCAGCGACAGCGCCUUUGCAUAACAGUGUUGGGAGAAAACUUUUUUGAUGGAGAGGCGGCUAAAUCCCUGCAGAAGAAAACACAUAAAACCUUAAAAGACGUGUGUAUUUUGCUAUUUCAUAAGUUGUUUGACGCACAGCACUAACAUGAAGUGUGGAGACAGGUCUGUCUAUGCAAGCCUAGUUUGGCAUAGCAACAGGGAUUUUUAGGCAGCCAGUCGCUUUUUUUUUUUUUUUUUUUUUUACCUACAGUGUAAAGAUAUGCUCUGAAUGUCGCACUGUGCUCCUUUAAAGAAUUCUAAUUAAUCAGCAACAGGUCAGCAAAGAAAGUCUCAGCUGGUGUUAAAGUUGCAGUCCACUACAACUAUCAUUGGUUUGUUGUGACUGCCAUCUUGUCACCAAAUGUGUUGUGUAGUUAUUACUCUGUUGUGAUUGCCUUACAGUAGCUGCCUGAUCCACUGUAUUGAUAAGCAUGAUGCUAAUGUUAGCAACAAGGUCCAGAGCUUCAGUAUCCGGUGGUGUUUUAACUGUCGUCAUACCACCAGGCAGACAGACUGAAUCACUGCUGUGUUGCCUUUUAGACACUUCAGCAUCCAUUCACAGUUUGCUGGAGGUCUGGUGAGUGAGAAAACUAAAGUACACAGCCAACAUCAUCAUCAUACAUAGUUAAGUUUUAGGUGACCUUGUGCAUCUUAAAAUAAUCUUCCCCUGAGGAACAGAUGGACCAAAGUGACAGCAGCAGCCAGAACCCUAUGCCUGUGGGGAGGCUCAGUGUGACCUUGUGUUUUGACUGCAGUCUGCAUCCAGUUUCGACUCAGCUCAUCUUUUCACUCGAGUUUACUCAUCUCUACAAAAGCUACAUUAACCACAGCAACAUGACAUAAUCCUUUUUAUUUAUUUUUCUUCUUUUUUUUUUUUAUUAGAAAUGACUUUCUGAGCCGGGUUAUGUUGUCAAUCAUGUCAAUAUAGUUUUUAGAAUCCAAAUAAAAACUGUGGGUUUAAAUGUUUAUCUGUGUUUGUGUGUGUUGACUAAUUACAGCAGGUUUCAACACGAGUAACACCACAUAACAUUUUUAAUAUGUUUAUGGGUUGUCUCUCUGUCCCAUUCUUGUGAACGCAAUAUCUCAAGAAGGCCUUGAGAGAGGUUCUUUAAAUUUGGCAAAAACAUCUGAUUGGACUCAAGGAUGAAUUGACUAGAUUUUAGUGGUUACAGGUCAAAGCUCAAGGUCCUUGUGACCUCAUUCCUCUCAUUCUCGUGAAUGUGCUACAAGAACACCUUGAGGGAAUUUCUUCUAAUUCGGCACAAACAUCUACUUAGACUCAACAGUUAACUGAUUACAAUUUGGUGGUCAAAGGUCACUGUGAUCUCAUUAACACAUUUUUGUCCAUAACUCAAGAAUUCAUCCGCUAAUCAUGACAAAAUUUUACACAAAUAUCUAAUAGGAUAAAAUUAAGUCAUUUUUAUAUCCAAAAGGUCAAAGGUCAGCUUCACUGUGACAUCAUAAUAUUCUGCAAAAAUAUCUUUCUGGACAUUAUUCAACAUGAUAACUUAGGAACAGAAGAGUUUACAUCAAUGAAAUGGUGACACUGUUUAAACUGCACUGACUGUAUAGAUCUGUGCUGUUGGGUUUUAGAAUUUGUAGCUUCUUUGCAGCAACAUUUACAUUUGAAACAUAGUAAACUGUCAUGGCUACAUGAGUCUGGACGGACAUGGAUGUUAACUGUAAGUGCAACCUGACUGGUUUGCAGAGGCAUGCAACCACGAGGCUGUAAUUCUAGUUUAACAUACCAUUUGCGUCUGGGUUGAAUUCUCACACCUAGUUCAGCAGCUUGUAGCUCCUAUCAGCUGGUGUAAGGACCAUAGCAUAACUUACACUGAGUAUACUCCACGUUACAGCUUAGCAUUGUUAGAGUAACUUCUUAGGUUACUUGAAUUCUACCUUUCAGCCAUUUGUGUCCAUUUCUUUUGUAAUUUAUUUUUGACCAGAAGAAGCCGCAAACGCUCACCUAUUAUCACCUAUUAUCAUGAAAGUGUUAGCAAACAGUUUUUGUUUACACAUUAGCAUUUACUUGGAGUCAUGUUAGUGCCAAAUUUUCUCUCUUUUGGCUCUGGUUUGGUCUCCACCACCUCCUGAGGGAAAUACCUGCCUAUUUAGCUGCUAAAUGCUACACUAUGUUCACCAUGUAGUCUCUAAGUUUGUCUGUCUGCUGUUGGUGCUGUUAACAUACAGGUUUAUUGAAAUGAUGCUAACGAGCGUGAUAACCGCAACAGUUUAACAAGUAGUGGGCUGUAAAACCACACACUGAUCUAAAAGAUGCAUCACAGUACAUGGAGUUGAGGAGAACUGCAGCAAGGUGAUCACUCUCUGUGGCGUUAUCAUUACAGAUGACACCUUUCACACACACAUUCAUUUCAUGCAUUGUUGAUAUAAAAAGUAAUGGCAUCUUUAAAAAAAAAAAAGAUUAUCCACCACUGUGAGUUUUUUUGGUCAAAGUUGCAUUUUUGCUUUGACGAUCUGCAGAUCAAAGCAGGGGUUUUUCUAUGUAUCCUUAGUGGUGCAUUCAAAGACACACAUUUUACCUUACUUUCUGACAUCAGCUAAAAUGCCAGAAACACUAUUAAGGCAGGAAGUUGUUGACUGAGAUGGAAUCCCUUGAGUGUUUUCCAAUAGCCCGACUUCACCAAACCAAAUGCAAGUUGCAAGCCCACAGGGGAGUAACCAACAGCCGUAGACCAAGAAGCUUCUAGUUGCAUUUCAAUAGACCUACAUACAAUCAGAGCAACAAAAUGUGAUGUAGCACUUGGCGACAGACAAAUGUACACAGACUGUGGUGACCAGAGAUGAGCUGUGAUGUGCAGCGUAUGUCUGUUAACAAGUGUUGGCAUUUUUUGCCAUCAGAAUUUGAAAAUAACACUAAAGUUCCACGUUAAAUGCAGCCAACUGGGUUGUUUUUGAAAAUGCCUCAACAGUGCCCCUCUUUACUAAGCUAGAUGAGUAAGCUCACUGUAGUGUCCUCUGUGCCAUGAUGCAUGAGCCAAAAAUGAUACCAUCAUGUACUUUGUGUGAAGCACAAAGGCUCCGCAAGUUGUCAGUCAUCUUCUGAAACUAACUCCCCAUAUCAGAUAAACAGCUGUGAUUGGCCAACCAGGGCCAGGCCGGCUGGAAAUCAUCUGCUAGAGCAAACAAAUCAUGAACAUACACAUUCGUCUGGCUGUUGUGAAUUAAAAAAUGUAUUGAAAAACUAAAAGCUUAAGUUUGGGAAAACUGUUAACAGCAGCAUAGACACAUUGGGCCUCAUGCAGUAAGUCAUACACAAACAAAUUUUGCUUAUUUGUUUGUAUCUGAGACUUAUUUUGUUAGUGCCCACUGACUUCUGAGAUCCACUAAUGUUUUCUUAUUUUUGCUCUUCUCUUAGGGAAGAGAACAUGUUACAAAUGUUUGAGACUCCUACCAAGAUAAGAAAAAGCACAUCUUGUUUUCACUGUCCACACAUUCUUUGUCCAAUGCAAAGACAUGUACGUACAUACAUUUUAAAUCUGAGGAUCAUAAAAAGUAUGAAUAAAUACUAUAUGAUCAAAGUUUGAUUGUUUCAGAGUAAUUAGAAUGAUUGGAUUUUUAAAUGCCUGCUCUGAGAGGCCCGACGCAGUGAAUGUUUUUAGGGAUCACACAGAUCCAUCCGAUGAGACGGGUGAACUGUUGCUGAGUCGUGUCAGAUUGCCAAGAUUACUGCUUUUAAAACCAUUUUCUUUUCAUUUCAGUUACUGCGUGUCCCUUUGCUGAGUGGUGGAAUGUAACUAAGUUACAGUUACUCAAGCACUGUACUUAAGUACACAUUUGAGGUACUUUUACUUAACUUGAGUAUAUUUAUCUCACGUCACUUCCUGUUUCUACUCCACUUCACUUCAGAGGGAAAUAUUGUACUUUUUAUUCCACAAUUAUUUAGUAAUUUUAAUUACUUUACAAAUGAAGAUUUUGGCACACAAACUAUGUGAAAAUACUGCAGCUGAAACUAUUAGUCGAUUCAUUCAAAAAUAAAUUAGCAACUAUUUGAUCAUAAUAAUUGAUGAUAAUAAUUUUGUGGUUCUAACUUAUCAAAUGUGCCUUUUCCUUCUCAUUAUUUACUAAAUUGAUUUAAACUGUUCUGCAUUUAUUAUUUUUUACUUUUAAUUGUACUAUCAUAAUCUUACUGAACUAAAAUUUUCAGUGCAGACUUUAUUAGUAACCGAGUAUUUCUACAGUGUGUCAUUAGUACUUUUACUUAAGAAAAGGAUCUGAAUACUUCAUCCACCACUGCUGCUGACACAGCGUUUACAGCAUCACAAAUUUUUGCCAUUGUUGGGCUUUUGAUUUUCCUGUAACACCAAUACUGAUGUACUCACAUCACAUUUAUUUUUACUGUAUUCAACAGAACAUUGAUUUCGCUACUGAAGAUCUUCCUACAGGUGACAACUGAUAUUCAUGAAUACGAGUCUUUGCACACGGCACAACACCUGCUAUCAGUAUAUAGUGUUUAGGGAGUGUUACUUAUACUCCUGGGUGACUUAUGAUCAAGUUGGAUUCAUUAUUGAGCACAUUUGGAUGGUUAAGAAUCUUUGGUGCAUCUUAAGUUACUUAAGUCUUGUUUUUCUUCCUCGUAUGAGAAAUUUAAUAGAAAACACAGAGAAUGUUGCUGCAUUAGGCCCAGUGUGUAGUUGUCAUACUUACAAACAGCACCAGUAACUUUCAUUAGAGAAGCACCAGUAAGUCUGAAUCAUAAAAAACCUCCCACACACACACAGUGGUAUGUUGUUGUGGCUGCCUACCAGUUCCUUGGCUGCUGCUCUGUAGCUGACCCUGACCUCUGACCUCCCUGCAGACCUUGGAUUACAUGGGCUUGUGCAAACUCACUCUCCUGACAGAUUCACUGCACCUGUUGGGGGCGGGACAAAUGACACCUUAAUCAUCCGGCAGGGCCUUCAAACUGACUAUCUUUGUCUUAGUCACAAGGCCAGGCAGCUGGAUCUUUGCAGAGGUGGAAGGACGACAACCAGACGGGCAAAGCAAAGCUUUUGGUAUUAAUGUGGUCAACCAGACACUUUUAAUUUCUUUUUUCUUUUUUUUUUUUUUUUUUUUUUAACAAUGAUCAUAGAACCUGAUCGCUGUCAAAUGAUUUAAGUAAGUACACCAAAGAGGCCUGGAGCUCUGCAGAACCCAGACCUGCCCUCUUUCCAUUCCUGCUGCUCAGAGACAAAUAAAAUUAAACUUUAAAAAAGAAGAAGAAAAAAAAAAAAAACAGAACAAAAAAACAUACAGCGUCACUCUUACCAGAUGCCACUCUC